AUGACGGCUAUCAAACCUUAUCGGAGCCAAAGCUCGCAGCUUCUCCGCAAACCGCCUACUCCUCGGAAAACGCAACCUCGAUGGGCUGACACAAAUCCUACCCAAACCCUGAACUCAAAACCCCCAAUCCCACCGAAAAAGCAUCACCCAACAAUAAUAACCUUCACCCCAAACCCAGUCUACACAACAGGCCGGCGUGACCUCCCACCGUCAAAUACAAGCCCGCCACCCAACACGCCCCUCUCCCUCCCCCCAGCUCUCGAACCAAUCCGCUCAAUCCUCGCACCGGGACAGCAUGGCACAUCCCCAUUAGCGGAGUAUCAUCCCACCCUCCGCGGCGGACAGACAACCUACCAUGGACCCGGCCAGAUGGUUGCAUAUACGAUUCUUGAUUUGAAGAGGCUGGGCUUGACGCCUCGGUGUCAUAUCCGCGUGUUGGAGAAUAGUGUCAUUGAUUUGCUGGGUGGGUUUGGGGUGAAAGGAUUCACGACUGAGGAUCCGGGCGUCUGGGUGCGAGACACUGCCAAUGGGAAUGGGGGUGGAGAGGGGGAAGGAAUUGCGAAGAAGAUUACUGCUGUCGGCGUCCAUCUCAGGAGGAACAUUAGUUCUUUUGGGAUUGGGUUGAAUGUUACGCAGGAGCCUAUGUGGUUCUUUAGGCAGAUUGUUGCUUGUGGGUUGGAGGGGAAAGAGGCCACUAGUUUGCAGGGUGUGGGUGUUGAGGGGGAUGGUGUUUCUGUUGAUAGUGUUGCGGAUGCGUUUGUGAGCAGGUUCGUUGAGCGUGUUAAUGCUGAUUUUGCUUGUGGGGAGAAGGCUUCGGGGGAGAGAAUUGAGGAGGUUUAUCGGGUUAGAGAGGAGGAUUUACUUUAG